CAACAAAAAUGACCCCCUCCUAUUACAUGCCACUUCUUCCCUACCCUCUUGCACAUUCGUAACCCUUUUAAAAAAAUUUAUUUUUCUUCCUGUUUUUUUUUGGGGGGACAACAUUGGGUAGUUGUGGUGGCAGCUACCCCCUCAAUUACAGCCGUACAUCAGCCAAUGGAAGGCCAAGCAACCAAGCUUGCACGGCGAGUAAUGGUGGUGGCGGAUCCAACCCGAGAGUCAGCGAGCGCGCUUCAAUAUGCGCUCGCUCAUGUAGUGCUCGAACACGAUGAAUUGAUCCUCUUCUCUGUCGAAAACCAAAACACGUGGCGAAACACAUUCACGACGCUGCUCAAAAUACCCAGCCUUGCCUCCAUGGCCAUAGCCACCAUGUCCUUGGAAGGGAUCAACGCAGAGGAGGGCGUGGAUUUUCUUGAAGAAAUGAAGAAUGCAUGCAAGCGUGUGCAGCCAAAGCUGAGUGUCCGUGCGGAGAGGAUGGGAAAGGAAGAUGGCAAGGACAAAGCCAACACUAUCCUACAUCAAAGCGAUGCUCUUGGGAUUGAUAUCAUAAUUAUAGGGCAACGGCGGAGAAUUUCUAAGGAAAUCCUAGGAACAUAUACGUGGCCUGGAGCCGGGCGAGGGACGACUAACAAAGCCAUAGACACCGCAGAUUAUUUGAUUGAAAAUAGCAAGUGUGCUUGUGUUGCUGUACAGAAAAAGGGCCAGGAUGGAGGCUACCUUCUCAACUCAAGAACCCACAAAAACUUCUGGCUUCUGGCUUAACCAAAACUCAGUAGAUUAUGCUUCAUAGAUCUCUCAUUUGUCUUAAAUUUCUCUUGGUCAAGUAGCGAACCAUAUGUACAUAAAAGGAAAUUGUACAUAUUUGGCAAAAUUGCUGGCUCCUAAAAAACCAUUCAUUUGACAAAUGCUGGGUUGCAGCCAACUGUACAAAGUCACCCUCUUUGUUAAUGUGAAGCACACACCCUUUGGUCCUUGGACAAAUCAGGGGCGCACCAGAAAGUUGUAGAGCCUCAGUUUAGGCAAAUUGUAGAUGAGAGCCUUCAGGGCAGCUCUGACCUACCUACCUUGCUACUUUACCAGAAAAAUACUUCGAAACAAUGUUGUUUUAAAGAAAAUGAAAUCCAAAUGCAGUUAUCGUUCCUUCGAAUUC